AUGAGUACUGCGCAUGUUCUCGAGGGGUCACAGCAAGUGGCCAACCCCGGUAUGGGAUUGUUCACUAUGCCAGCCACGGAUGUCGCUUUGAAAGAUGGGAAGUUUAUACCCUACACACCCAGCGAUGAGAGCUCCGACCACAUUGAGUGGUACAUUCAUCCUACUACCACCUACAUUGACCUUCAAAAAACACACAUAAAACUGAAAGUCAAGAUCACUAAGACCAAUAACCAGAACCUCACGGCCGAUGAGGCUGCCACUUUUGUGAACAAUGUUGGCCAUUCCUUGUUCAAACAAGUCAAGGUAGAGUUGAACAAUAUGCCAAUCACUCUACAAACGGACUCGUAUCCGUUUAAAGCCUACAUCAGUAACCUACUCAACUACACCAGGGAGGGACAAGACUCCUUCUUAGGCCUUAGUCUUUGGCAUAAAGACACAGCCGGCAAAAUGGACGUCACCGCUGUAACGGGUGCUGGAGCAACAAACGAAGGCCUGAACAAACGCAACUCUUACACAGCCCUGAGUGCGGAGGUUGGUCUAAUCAUCAACCUAGAUGUUGAUCUCUUCAAGUGUGGGCGAUACUUGUUGAGUGGUGUCCCAAUGAAGAUCAGGUUGGAGAUGUCAACGCCAGCCUUUGCCCUCAUGGGAAGUGGGAAGUUUGUCAUAACACCAGGUUCAACCCUCCGAUUGUAUCACGUCACCCCAACAGAUACUAUAGCACUAACUCAUGGCACUGCACUGGUCCAGCACAAAUUAGCCAAAUACCCUGUGACCACAGCUGUGGUUAAAACAGAGCAGGUUGAGAGCGGAAAACUCACCAAAAAGUUCAAUGACCUGUGGAACGGACUCAUCCCAAAGCGAAUGGUAUUUGGUCUUAUCACCAACGCUGCCUACGCUGGGGACUACGAUAAGAAUCCCUUCAAUUUCUUCUUGACGAACGUUACUAACAUUGAGUUGCGGGUGAAUGGUGUUGAGACCCCCUUCACAAGCAUCAAAAACAUUGCUGGGGAUGCUAUAGACUUGUACUACAUGAUGCACGAAGGCAUAAAUGGCAAAACGGGGCGUACAAAAGGCCUGAACAUCAACCGUGAUGAGUUCUUUGGGGGAUAUGGAUUGAUUGUCUACGAUCUUACAGCGGCAGGAAACGCCUCAUCCGGGUACUUUCAGCCACAGUAUAAAGGCACGGUGUCACUGGACCUAACCUUCAGUACAGCUCCCACCGAGGUGCUUACAGUAGUGCUGUACGGAGAGUUCAACAACGUCAUGGAGAUAGACGCCGCCCGUCGUGUAAUGUAUACCAUCCAAGGGUAA